GAAGAAACAGCAGCGUUUGAGGCCAUGACAGAGAAGGUGUUUCCACUGCUUUUUCACUCUUUGUCAUAGCUGCACUGUGACAGAGCUUGAGGAGGGUGAAGGGACAAAGAGUGGACCUUCUCAUCUUUGAAUGCUGCCUCUGCACACGUCCAUCGCUGCCUAAUGUGAUGUUGUUGGGUUAUCAUGAUAUGGAUGAAGGACGGCUGCUGUUUGAGGAAGCUAAGAUGACGCUAAGAUGAAGCAGACAUCAUAGUAAGGACCUCAAACAUUCAGACACGGAGAGUUUCCACUCCUCUUAGCACAGUAGUCGGCUCAUGCACAAGGACAGACGGGCAUUUAAAGUAGUUUAUGGUUCACUUCACCCACACACAACAGCGACAUGACGGCAGCAGCAGGUUCAAGCUCCCAGUUCCCAACAAGCGAGGACCGACAGCUGGUGGACAAGGCUCUCAAGAAACUGGACAAGCUCUACGAGCUGUGCAAGAACCCCCGCCUGGGCCUGAGGAACAGUCCGCCGUACCUGCCCGGGCUGGUAUCUGAGACGACAGAGCUGCUCAUGCAGGUUUGGGAGCCCUACGAAGGCUCCAAGGCUGCAGGCGGACAAACGCCCCGGGGAGACGAGGCCAACUACCUGAGGGUCCAUGUCAGAAACCUGCUGGAUAAGACAGACAGGGCUGUGCUGCUGUUCAAAGAAGGACGGGAAAAGAUAUUUGAGGAGACAUCGAGUCACAGGAGGGACUUGACUAAACUGUCUCUGCUGUUCAGUCACAUGCUGGGGGAGAUGAGGGCCAUGUUUCCAGAUGGAUCUUUUCAGGGUGACACCUACAGGGUGACCAAGUCAGAGGCCGAGAAGUUUUGGUGGCACUCCUGGGGGAACAAGUGUGUGGUUCCGUGGAACAUCUUUAAAGAGCAGCUGCGGAGUGCGCAUGCGUUUGAGGAAGGGAUGGAGUCCGUGGCGCUCAAAUCAACCAUCGAUCUCACCUGUAAUGACCACAUCUCUGUGUUUGAGUUUGACAUCUUCACCAGACUCUUUCAGCCCUGGAAGUCACUUUUAAGGAACUGGAACCAAUUAGCAGUGACUCAUCCAGGCUACAUGGCGUUCCUCACCUACGACCAGGUUGUAGCUCGUCUGGAGCACUACCUGCACAGGCCUGGAAGCUAUAUCUUCAGACUGAGCUGCACAAGAAUGGGACAGUGGGCUAUUGGUCAUGUGACCACUGAGGGCAGCAUCGUCCAGACCAUCCCCGAGAACACACCUCUCUACCUGGCUCUCAUCGAAGGCUUCAGUGAGAGCUGUUACCUGUACCCUGAUGGCCGUGAUGUGAACCCCGACCUGACCGCCUUGCGUGAACCUUGCCAGAGGAGCAAAGUCAAAGUCACAGAAGAGCAGUACGAGCUUUACUGUGACAUUGGCAGCACCUUCCAGUUGUGUAAGAUCUGUGCAGAGAGGGAUAAGGACACUCGUAUUCAGCCCUGUGGGCAUCUCCUGUGCCAACCCUGCCUCACAGGCUGGCAGAAGUCAGCGGGCAACACGUGUCCAUACUGUCGCUGCGUCAUCAGAGGGACUGAGUCCAUUCUCAUCGAGCCCUACAUGGCAGGCAGGGGUCGAGGCCAGGAGGAGGAGGAGGAGGAGGAAGAGGAGGCGGACCAUGAGGAUAUUGAACUUGUUAUAAAAGAAAUGGCUGCCUUGAAGAAGCUCUCAAGUCUGGAUUACCAGGUGCCCAGCCCCCCCCGCUUUGGUCCACCUCUGCCCCCUAAAAACAGCAAAACUCUCCCCCGCUCCUCCCAUCCCAGCAACCAGCCCCAGACACCAGAAGCCAACGUGCUGACCAAACACUUCCAUUCCAGUCCAGCUCACGGUGUCACUGAAGCACGGAGGAGACGCAAACAGCAACCAAACGUCAACAGGACUCAGAGGGAGGAGCCAAAGAGCAGUGAGGGCGAUGACUCUGGCGGCCUGAGGUUGCCUAGGCCACACCCACUCUCCCACAGCGUUGAUGAACUUAGAGAAGGGAAGACGUCUUCUUCAUCCCAGCAAGGUGUCAACAGUGAUGCUGCAUGGCUCGGCCCUUCCCACCCUGUCAAAGAGAGACAGAGACGUAAAGGGCGGGAGGAAAGGGGAAUCACUCCCAGGAAAGAUACAUUUGAUCUGGCUGAGGUGACGAGAACAAUGUCAUCCUGACAAAGACUCUGUAAAUGAAGAAAUGAAUGAAUCCUCCUUCAGCCUCAGUUAGAAGACUUUUUUGUGUCAUGUUUAUCUGUAAAUGAGACUGUGUGUGUAUGUGUGUG